AUGCUGGCGAUCAGGAACGGGCUGUUUGUGGGGGGCCGCUUGAACAGAGGUUUUGCGACGACUGGCGUCGCUCAGGGACUUAGAGCGAUCAAAUUCUUGAAAGCGCAGAAGAGGAAGCAGAAGAACGAAGCUAGACAGGCUACGCUGAGAAAUGCGUUGGAUAGGGUGGAUCCGGUGCUGGGACGGAAAGACACGCCGUUCAUCAGCCGUAUUAUGGCGGAGCUGAAGGAGCCGUCGGUGUUGAGCAGUGGAUACGAGAUCGCAGAGGUGGAAAAGCUACUGGCAGCGGUGGAAUCGACGAAAGCGGAGCAAUUGCGAUUGUCCAGCGUUAACGAGCAGUUUUUGGAGCGUGAAAGCUUGGAAUCGCUCGAAGCAAGACGCGAGGCGUUGCUAAGGAUCCUGAGCAUGAGAAACGCAGACAACAAGAGUGCGAUGAAGCUGGCCGUGAAGCUGGCUCGUGAGGAGUUUCAGAGGUUCCCGGGCGACUCAGGCUCGAGUGAGGUGCAAGCAGCUUGCAUGACGGUGCGCAUACAAAAUAUAGUUAACCAUGUGAAGGAGCACCAUAAGGAUUUCGCAAACACGAGAAUACUGAGAAUGUUGGUGCAGCAGAGACAAAGCAUUCUGAGAUAUUUGAAAAGAGAUAACCCAGAGAGAUACUACUGGACCAUAGAGAAGCUGGGGCUGUCCGACGGGGCUGUCACGCAGGAGUUCAACAUGGACAGACGGUACAUGCAGGAUUUCAAGUUCUUCGGUGACAAGAUCUUGGUCAAAGACUCCAAAAAGGUGGCCGACCAAAAACGUAGAGAGUUGAGAAAGCAAAAGCGCGUGGCAAGAUCGGCGUGA